GGCGGGGAGAGCCAGUUGAUGCCAGGCUGUAGCUGCUGCAGGCAGUGAGGGACAGAGCCGCCCAGGAUAGGCUCUUACACCCGCUCGCAGCCCUCCUCACCCGUCCGGUGGGGCUUCCAGCAGGGGAUGUGCCGGCACCAGGCUCCGGGGAUCCCCGGUCUGCACCCAGGCGUGUGAAGCAGAUGGAGGUACCGGGGUCGGAAUGGGAAAGAUGAGCUGCCCCGGGGUCAGCGCCCUGCUGUUGCCCCUUCUGCACCUGGCACUGGGAUAUCUGACAGUCACCAUUGAGCCCCUUCCUCCGGUGGUGGUUGGAGACGCAGUGACUCUGAAAUGCAACUUCAGGACAGACGGGCGCAUGCGAGAAAUCGUGUGGUACCGGGUGACAGAUGGGGGAACCAUCAAACAGAAGAUCUUCACUUUUGAUGCUAUGUUCUCAACCAACUACUCUCACAUGGAGAAUUACCGCAAGAGGGAAGACCUGCUGUACCAGUCCACCGUGCGGCUUCCGGAGGUGCGGAUUUCAGACAACGGCCCCUACGAGUGCCACGUUGGGAUAUACGACAGGGCUACACGGGAGAAGGUGGUGCUGGCGUCUGACAACGUAUUCCUCAACGUCAUGUCUCCUCCCGUGUCCAUUGCGGUGAUUGCUGCAGAUACGCCGGCUCCGUUCAGCAGGUACCAGGCGCAGAACUUCACUCUAGUGUGUAUCGUGUGUGGAGGGAAGCCGGCUCCGCAGGUGUACUUCAAGAGAGACGGGGAGCUGAUCGAGGUUGUCCCUAUGAUGGACCCACCGCCGGCCGCUGCCGGCCUGAUGAACAUCCGAGGGUCGAGGAACAUUCUAAACCGAGACAUGGAUGAUACUAAAAUGCAGAAAUCACUUUUACUGUUGGACACUGAGGAGCGGGGACUAAGUUCCUUCACGGAGAACCCUUUCCGAACCCGCACGUCCGACCAGGGACCUAUGUCCAUCCCCGUGACAGAGACCAUUCCAGAGACAGUGGUCAGCCUGGAGUUCCCGCGUUGGGUUCACAGCACGGACCCCACUUAUUUCUUCCACCAAAUGCAUCUUCCAAUGAGUGAUGGAACUGUAGAGGUUCGAGCCAUGCUCACCUGGACCCUAAACCCACAGGUAGACAACGAGGCGCUGUUUAGCUGUGAGGUGAAGCACCCAGCCCUCACCAUGCCUAUGCAGGCUGAAGUCACACUAGCUGCUCCGAGAGGACCCAAAAUAACCAUGACGCCAACAAGAGCCCGCGUCGGCGACACAGUGCGGAUGGUGGUGCAGGAGUUUCAGAAUGAGGUUUUCCCGGAUUCCCUCUUUACAUGGACUCGGGUGGGCGGAAGACUUCUGGAUGGCAGCUCAGAGCAUGACGGGAAGGAGCUGGUACUGGAGAGGGUUCCCGCUGAGCUGAACGGCUCCAUGUACCGGUGCACCGCGCAGAACCCCCUCGGCUCCACAGACACACAUACCCGGUUGAUAGUAUUUGAAAACCCCAAUAUUCCGAGGGGAACAGAGGAUUCAAACGGUUCUGGACACAUGUACAGCCAUUCCAGACUUAUCUUGGUGCUCAUCCCUCUGACAGUGAUCCUGGAACUCACGUGAAAAUAGGAGGCUUGCCUAACGCCACAAAAGGACUCCACAACGCAUCACACUUACGUCAACCAGUUUUUAUUUUCUAUAAUAGCUCCAGUCUUGUUAUGGGUUGGUUUCUGUCUGUGUUUUAGCCUCCUUGAGCUGAUAAAUUAAAAACAAAAUCUUUCCUUCUC